UGACCUAUAUGUGUAUAGGGAAGGAUGAGGUCCGAAAGUUAAGUCACAAAGGGCAUUGUUUGCCACAACCGCCAUACUCGGUUUUUCACCCCAAGACCUUAGUUCACACUAGCACGCAGCACAUAGAGUUCCUUGAUACCGAACGAGGGGGCAAACACUUGCUGUUUGAUGGCUACAUUUAUCGCAUAUCAAAGAAAGUUAAUAUGUCAAGUUAUUACAAAUGCCUCAGAGGAUGUCGUGCCACCGUUGUGCUAUUUGAUGGCGUGUACAGCAGCUACCGUGGAGACCACGAUCAUGCGUCGCAAGAAGCACGAGCCGCGUCUUACCGUCAUACAGCCUCUUUGAAAGACGCUGUUCGGCGGCAACCAACGACGCCCGUUCUGCAGCUCUACAAAGAGGAAACGUCAAGGUUCGUCGACAAUAUCCAAGCUGCCGCAGGAAUGCCAUCCUUUACUGCGGUAAGGUCGGUGCUUUACCGCACGCGCAACGAAUAUCUACCUGCUUUGCCGCCAUCUCGGAGCGAGGUGAAUCUUCAGGACCGCUGGAGAAGAACAUUAGACGACGCGAAUUUUCUUCUCGUCGAUGAUGGUACCGAAGAUAAAAUACUGAUAUUCUCAACGCAAGCCAACCUGCAGAAACUCUGCCGCACGAAUACCAUCUUCAUUGAUGGGACCUUCAAGGUAACACCACGGCUCUUCGCACAGCUGUAUACCGUGCACGCCGAGUACCUGGGCGCGAUCUUCCCAUUUGUUUACGCACUACUGCCAGACAAGUCCCGGUUAUCGUACAGGAGGCUUUUUUGGCAUAUUAAGCAUGCGGCUGGCGUCUAUGGCUACGAAUUUAACCCGGAGCGAGUCGUGUGUGACUACGAAGCGGCGGCUAUUCGAGCAGUGAACGACGUGUUUCCGCGGGCAGAAGUAAAAGGAUGUUUCUUCCACUACUUUCAAUGUAUCUGGAGAAAGGUGCAAAGUCUGGGCUUGGUGGCCUCGUACAAGGAAAGUGCACAAGCCGGAGAGUGGAUAAGAAGGUGUGCGGCACUACCCUUCAUUCCGUUGCCAUUCGUCGAUGAAGUGUACAUGUGGAUACAGGAACAGUCACCUGAACUGCCACAAGCCCAAGCCUUCCACGACUAUAUGGUUGACACCUGGGUAGACGAGGGCGCAAUGUUCCCAAGAGCCAUUUGGAACCACUUCGACAACGGUAGCAGAAGAACAAUCAAUGACGUGGAAGGAUGGCAUUAUCGGCUGAACAGCGCUUCCCAUAUCAGUCACGGGAACAUCUACAAGCUUGCGGAACUGAUCCCGAAAAAUCAACAAGUGAAUGAACGGGAGCAGGUCAUGUUGCAGACAGGUCAUGUGGUUCCACCUCCGAGGAGGAGGUACAGGGUCCUCAACAGCAGGAUAAACGUCCUGAAGGCGCAACUGACAGACGGUCUGCGAACCUUUCAUCAAUACAUUGAUGCUAUUGCGUAUGCAAUCCAUCUUGAAUAAAUAUACACAUAAUGACGUUUCAGAAAUCACAA